AUGAUUCUCCUUUGUCAGGAACAGCUGCAGAAAGCCGGCCUAUGGCUCCCAGCUUUGUCCUCCCCGGACACAGAGAGGCGUUUCCUGCGUCAUCCUUGCAGUCUGUCUCAGAGCCUCUCCUCCGCCCUCAGUGCACACUCCUGCUUCAGGACCGGCGAGGAGAUCGGGGAUGGGCGCAGGGAGAAGUGGGUUGGGGAUGGCACCAGACUGCACAGCAGGGAAAUAGGAUGCUGCCACAUCAACGUCCUACCUCUGCUGGGUUUCUGCACUGGAAGACAGUCCCACAGCCUCAUCUACCCCUACAUGGCAAACAGCUCUCUGCAUGACAGACUCUGGGCUCAGGGCAACUUAGACAUGCUGCCCUGGCCACAGUGAGCCAGCAUCUGCUCAGGGCUGCUUCUAGCUGUGGAGCACCUGCAUAGCCUCGACAUCAUCCACAGCAAUGUUAAGAGUGCCAACGUCUUGCUGGACCAGCAUCUUAACCCCAAGCUGGCUCAUCCAGUGGCUCAUCCUCGUCCCAACAAUAAAAAGACCAAAUAUACCGUCAUGAAGACUCACCUGGUCCAGGCCUCAGCUGCAUAUCUGCCGGAAAACUUCAUCAGAGUGGGGCAGCUGACCAAGCAGGUGGACAUCUUCAGCUGUGGAAUUGUAUUGGCUGAGGUCCUCACCGGCGUCCCUGCGAGGGACAAGGACCGCAGUCCAGUUCACCUGAAGGAUUUGCUUCUCAGUGAGAUUCCCAGCAGUACUUCCUCAGUCUGCUCCAGGAAGACCGGCAUGGGGAAGGCAGUGGUGAAAGAGAUCGGCCAGAGGCAUGUGGAGAGGAAGGCAGGGCUGCUGCCUGAGGCCUGUGAGGAAGCCUGGGCCACCGCUGUGAGUGUCUGCCUGCGGAGGCGCAAUGCCAGCGUGAAGGAGGCACGAGUCUCCCUGGCCAGGGUGGAGGAGCGGCUCCGAAGGCAGCUGUCCCUUCCUUGGAGCAGGGUUUCUGAGGCCACGGGCUCACCUUCCAAUACCCCGGAGGAAACAGAUGAUGUUGACAAUUCCAGCCUCAGUGUCCCCUCUUUGGUUAUGAUGGCAUCAUGCCCAGUGGCUGCCUCCUCUCCACUCUCCACGGGAUAUGGAGCAGCACAGCCAUCCACCAGUGGGAGACAGGAGGCCGACUCCUCGUCAGAGGCUUGCACAGGCCCACAGACACCCCAGGACGCUACAGAGACUUCAUGGAAAAUUGAGAUCAAUGAAGCCAAAAGGAAACUGAUGGAGAACAUCCUACUCUACAAAGAAGAGAGACUGGACAGCAGCGAGCUCUUUGGACCCUGAU